CAUUUGUUGAUUGCGUUGGCGUUUUCAAAUGGGUCAUUUAGAGUAUUCGAGAUCGGUUCGAUGCUAGUAGUUGUCAGGAAUUUGCAGUGAGAUUCGAAAACGCUGGUACUUUUCAAGUGGGGAUGGUUUCGUGACUUGGCACUGAGGAUUUGAGGUUGUGAACUACUAGAGGUGAUCAGAUUUCUGCUUCUAGUUGGCUGUCAUUUUCAGCCUCACGUGAUUGUUUCUCGAUGGCGAUUGCUGCAACUUGUAUUGGUUCUUUGUUGCCAAGACCUUCGUGGCGCAUCCCCAAUUCUGCGACGAGGCUUGAUGAAUUUAAAUUUCAGUCGAUGUUGGCAAGAAAAGUAGCUAAGAAAAAUUGUCGCAAAGGGCUGUGUAGGGCGAUGCAAUCUUCGUCAUCUUCUAGCCAGCGACAUGUAAUCAUCACCGGUGGAAACACUGGUAUAGGAAAAGCUACCGCCACGGAGCUCGCAAGGCAGGGCAUGGCUGUCACCAUUGCGUGCAGAAACGUAGAGAAAGGAAAGCAAGCUGUGGCAGAUAUUAUUCGAGAAUCUAGUAACCCCUCUGUCAGGGUUAUGGAAUUAGACUUGGCUUCUUUUGCGUCGAUCCGACAGUUUGCAGCAGGGUAUUUGCACCUUGGUCUCCCAUUAAACUCCCUUGUGAAUAAUGCAGGUGUAAUGGCAUGUCCUCAACAGUACACUGUGGAUGGCUUUGAGUACCAACUCGGGGUGAAUCACUUGGGCCAUUUCCUCCUUACUUCCUUAUUGCUCGGAAAACUCAAAUCAUGUGCCUCACCAGGAAUGAAGUCAAGAGUGGUGGUCCUGGCUUCAGCAGCUGAGCGAAUUGGGAACAUUGACUUCAACGAUCUCAACUAUAAAUCUCGGAGUUACAAUAAUUGGCUAGCUUAUGGGCAAUCGAAAUUAGCGAAUUGCCUUUUCUCCCUCGAGCUUUCACGACGCUGCACAUCUUUGGGAAUUCCUGUUACGUCAAACAGUAUGCACCCUGGCAUAGUGGACACUGAGUUGAUUCGAUACGUGUUUCCUCAAGCAUUGGAUAGGAGUCUACCAUUUUCGGGUUUGAGGCCCGUAGUGACUAAACUGUUGGGCUUAAAGACUCCCAAGCAAGGUGCAUCAACAUCAGUAUACUUGGCAAAUUCUUCCGAAAUGGAAGGUCUCACAGGCGGAUACUACGAGGAUAGCCGAAAAGCAAAUCCCAGUGCUAGAGCUACAGACACAGAACUAUCUUUUAAACUGUGGGCAGUUAGCGAGGAAUUAACAAAUACAACAGACAUUCUGGAACCCCUGCAGUUGAGUGCCCGGGCCUCACAAGGAGUGAGCAUGAUCAGUCACCGUUUGACCAACUUUUCCAGUUAAGAAAACGCUCUGUUUCUAGGGGGUUUUCAAACAGAACAAGAUAACCUACCACCUUCCUGAUGAAAUAUGUGUAUUAUAAUGAUAGAAAUUGCUACGACGAAUCGUUUUGAGAGUUAAGCUACCAAUCAGUGUACCUAUUAACUUCAUGCUACCAUCAACAAUCAGAUUCAAGAGAGGUAAUUUACUGUCAAGUCGUGAGAGUUGCUUCGAGCUGAAUUAUUUUAAUGCCUUAAUAACAAUUUAGAAACAUGCUCCUCUAGUCUAUGUAUUUUUAGUCAAUAUAGCUUUUGUUGCAAUAA